AUGGCGCCGCUCCCUCGCAGACAACUCCACCAUUCCUUCUCCGUGUCUUGUCUUUCCGCGAACCCACACGCAGGACCUAUAAACGUCACUCGAUACAUCAGUUUCAGAGUCCUUAUACAGUUAUUUGCGGGAACAAUCUGCAUAUUCGUGUUGGGCGUUUUGUUCUGGAAAAUCGGGAAAUUCUUGCGAUACCUCACUCGACACCGAGUGGUGAGGGGAGGGAAGACCAUGCAUACUCGUUAUGCGAGAACUUGGUAUGGCUGGGUAUCAUUCCAUCGGUACGAAUCGAAGAAACGAUUCUUCCAGAAGUGCUUUCAGAAGGUCCAUGAGUGGACAGCUUGGAAAUCAUCGAGUGCUGACUAUCGCUGGAUCUGGUGGGAUCCUGGUCAGAAGGAGAUGGAAAGAUACAAGCAGAGACGGCUAUUUUCAUGGUUGCCGAAAUGUCUGAGAAGCUACGAGCCCACACCAGCAGAUCCAUUGUGGAACCCUGGCCCCCCUGUUGGACGUAAUAUGGCACCAGGUGGAACUACAACAGGGAUUUCCUGCAGACCGAACGGGGAUAGAAGGUUGUUCAGGUUAUCGGAAAGCUUGAAUUCUCAUUAUUUAUCAAAUGAAGAGUCAAUAUCGGGUCUUUCUCAGCGACCAGAGGUGACAUCAAUCCACUUCGAAACGAGUUUAAGGAGAAACUAUUUGACAGAGACAGCUCGAGUUGACGGCCGCCCAAUACUCGGUGACUAUGGUAGUGUAUCAACAACAGUGCACCACUCAAUCUGUUUGCGCAGAGAUAGCUGUUUAGUGUUGUUCUUUCCCAAUCGUGAUCAACUUUUGCGAAACAAUUUCUCAAUGCCAUGUUUGUUGAGUACCGAGCCCGUUUUUCCAAGGUUGGACAAGCGUCUGGGUGGUUCCCGUAUCACACAGACCAUCGAGCAUGAAGAAAACAAGCGAUUUUCGAAUUGGGUGAGCCCCCGUGCUCGCGUCUACCAAAAGUGGUCCGCGCGAAUGGAAUCCCAGGCACCCCAUUGUAUGCGUUACAACCAGGGUCCGCUUUUCGGCCCCCCUGGAAGUCCUAACUCCGAACUACUAGCCAGCUUUACCUCCGAACGUACUGCUCUUCUUGGGGGGGUUCCGAAAACGAAUCGGGCAUCAAUUACACACAGUUCCUCAGACUCCACUACCCACGCGAUAUCAAUGGGAGAACACUUGGAUGGGACACGGAGUGAGCCAAAAAAACCAUGUUCCCACGAUGUUGCAGUUAGGCAAUUGCAUAUCCGGGAGACUCACCGUUCUGAAGAUGACUUGCGCCAAAUUAUAGGAACUAAAAGUCCAAUAGCCGGACGUCUGUCUUCGGUUCUCAGAGAUCCUUGUCGCUCAGCCUGUAUCGGAAGUCUGCAGAGGCUGCAAGAAGCUAACAGAGAGUUAAAGCUUCAUGAUGGGGUUCGAUCGAAGGUCAAGUAUCUGACACAUAAAGAAGUAACUGCCCCAAGCCUGAGCAACUGGGAAUUGAGGCUGAUGACCGACUUGGAUCGAAAAUUGAUGUGGCUGGCCAAUCAACUUAGCCCUGGUCGAAGGCCCUUCCAUUUUGCCUUGCUGGCUAAUCACUGGUUGAACAGAGAGACUUGGGUUGUACUUGACCCUAUCUCACGGGUUCCCAGUGACGCCAAACGUCAAUGUGGGGACCCGCGCUUCAAUUCCCCAUAUCCAGCGCCUAGUUGGAAACCCAUGGUGAAGCAUGCCGAUGGUCCUCUCACAAAGAGACACAAGCCUCACCUCAAUUCAUGGAGGGUAGCUGUCAAUCGUAACAGGCGGAUGACAGGGCUCCAAAGUGUCAUCAAAAGUGUCGCGCUGUGGGAUGGUUCAGCAGAUGAGCCUCCAGACGGAAAAGUUGACCCAGCCAGCUGGAUUCUUCGAAGGCCUCCGCAAGGCUUCGCAAUAUCGACUAGGCAGAAGAACGUGUACUAUGAAGGUGGAGCUGGAUGGCAAGAGACACUCAGUGACUGGCAAAAGGUACGCCGUGGAUACCGCAUCCGCAAAGUGAUCUACGAAGGCAGGGCAAAUCGGACAAGAAUGAAGGAAGUGGCGGUUGGGAUAGUCCGUUACUGCCGAAGUAUAUCUUCUGAAAUCCGCAAUGAUGCUCAUCGAAAAGCCACAGCAGCGCUUCCUGGCAAUAGCAAUAACUCUUAA